GAUUUGAUUUGUUUGUGUGUUGUGAUUAUAACUUGUACGGAGAAAUGUUUUGCAAAAAUAAUUUCUUUAUUUAAAUAUAAAUACUUUUUAGAUCUUGCAUUUGUAUGUGUGUAUAACAAAACUGUUGUUAAUGAUCGCUAAAGUUUUCUUUGAAAAUCUCUUAAAGUAUAAAUGUGUAUAUUGCUUGUUUUAAAAGUCAAAGACUUCGUUUACAUUGCUUUUCUAUGUAAUAAUGGCCAAAGUAGAUUCUACCGGUAGAGGAAAUCCAGACUGUUUGAAUGUGGACUUUAUGCGUUCUUUAGUGAAGCAGUAUUCUGAAUUGGGACAAUGGACCAGUGCAUUCUUCUGGGCGGAUGCGGCGGCGGCGGCCGGCAACGAUACCGUAAGCGGCGAUGACAUAUGGCUGCUAGCUAGUGCGAUGCUCGCCAGGGGAGAGUUACAUCGAGCCGCUCACACUGUCACCUCCAGAGGAUUACAUAGGUUGUAUGUCCAUAUAUACUUUUUUUAAAUGUUACCUAUACGGCUCCGUGGCGCAGUGGCUUAGUAAUGAGUUGUUGCGUUGGGGGCCGCGGGUUCGAAUCCCGCACGGAACAAGUAUUUGUCUGGCCUACAAAUAAUUGUUCCACGCCGCCCGUGUAAAUACCUACGCGAGCGAUGGCAUCGCUUGACAUAAAAGGCGUUUCACAACUGUUAGACUGUUAGAUCUUUAAACUGUGCUAAUACACUGCAUAAUGUUACUAUUUGGCAAAGUAUACGUGGUAGAGCCAUACUACAGCUAUAUUGAUAGUAUAGUUGUAGCACUAAUUGGUCGGCUCGACCGUGAUAGGACCACGCUCUCACAGAAUACCAGCGUAAAAUAGCAGCUUAACAAUGCUGUGUUUCGUUUUGUGAGUGUAGAGAACCGGAGACCUUUUUCACUGGAAGAGAGAUUCCAUCUUAGUCCUCACAGCUGACAAUGCAUCUGCAUUGUAUUCGUUAACGAGGAUAGAUGUAGAUCUAUAUGGGCCACAGCAACAAUUUACCAUCAGGUGGAAUGUGUGCUUGCUUGUCACCCUUAUACUAUCAAUGCAUCUGCAUUGUAUUCGUUAACGAGGAUAGAUGUAGAUGUAUAUGGGCCACAGCAACCAUUUACCAUCAGGUGGAAUGUGUGCUUGCUUGUUACCCUUAUACUAUAAAAAAAAGUCCACAUGUAAAGGUUCUGUUAGCAGUACAUGUAUUUGAACCAUCUUUAACAGCCUUUUAGAUCCACUGUUGGACUUUCCAAGAAUGCACAUCCAUUCGGCAUUCAUUUCUUGGAAGAGUUCCCCAUACUUACCACAAUAGGCAGGCUGGUUAGUGAUCGCAGAGUUGAUGCCCUCAGCCUGUUCAUGCUGCUUCCCAUCAUGGUUGAUUGUGGACCCUCGGAGCUUUUUUAUUAGUUAGGUAGGAAUUUGAAGAAGUUAUUUAAUUUCUAUAUCUGGUGCUGUUAUUACAUUACUUAAACAUUAGGAGUAAACCAAUACAUAACUAGCUCUUUGUUAUAAUAGGAGGCAUCUUCUAUGCUUGGGUGUGGCACUGCGAGCCUACAUCGCGGCAAAGGAGCCUGCAACUGCAUUAUCCUUAAUAGAAGAAUGUGAUACGCAGUUACUGGAGCCACGCAACCAUGACCAAACACACAAUGUAAGUUAUCGUAAUAAAAUAGUCCUAUCCUACUAAUAUUAUACAAGUGAAGGUUUGUGAGGAUGUAUGGACGUUUGUUACUCUUUCCCGCCAAAACUACGAAAUGGAUUUCUAUGAAACAUUACAAUUAUAUAGCUUAUACAUCAGAAUAACAUAAAAGCUAUAACUCAUAAAGAUAUUGUGUAAAUGUUAAGUCGAAAAAAAUCUGUCAACUGCGAGCUAUUUUGGCGUGCGGUGCAAAAACUGUAAGAGUUACACGAAUAUAGUGUAUGGUGGAAUUGUUUCUCCUAAAUAGAAGGCAUAGAAUUAAAAAUUAAAAAUUUUGUACAACCCACUUCAAUAUAAAUUAUAAAGAAUAACUCAAAAACUAUCGGUCAGACCUUGAUGAAAUUUAUAUGGAACCACAUGUGAAGCACCAGCUUCCAAAUAAAAAAAGAAUCAUCGAAAUCGGUUCACCCAGUAAAAAGUUAUGAGGUACACACAUAAAAAAAAACAUAGAGUCUAAUUGAGUACCAGCUCCUUUUUGAAGUUGGUAGAAAAGUCCGCGACAGUAUAGUUUAUGUGUAAGCCAAGGAGUAACUUAUGCUACUUUUAUUCUAGGGUUCCGCACAUAAUAAUUCCACGCGGACGAAGUCGCGGGGAACAGCUAGUAUUAUAUAUAAUUAUUUUUUUUACUAGUGAAUUUAUUAUUAAUCAUUAAUAAUGUAUGUAAGCCGUGGUAGCUCAGGGGUUAAACGCUCGCGGUAAAUUUCACAGUACGCGAGCAACCCAGGUGCUGAUUUACCACGUGCUCGGCGGUGAAGGAAAACAUCGUGAGGGAACCUGUAUCUAUGUCUGAGAUAAGAAAAAAAAUGUUUGGAAGACAUGUGAAGUUUGCCAACACGCAUGGAGCAAGCGCGGCGGACAUUUAUUACACUAAAACUCUCUCAGAAAUGAGAGGAGGCCUGUGCCCAGCAGUGGGACGUAUAUACGCUGUAACUUUAUUGUAUGUAAGCUGCUUUUGACUGCCUCGUUGGUUUAUUGAUCGUAAGGAUGCGGAGAGUUCUGGUAAUGUGAUCGUCAAUUUGUCAUCAUUUCCAGCUGUGUACUUUAACGAGCUGAAGAAGAAGAAAGUAGAUAGUUUGGUUCUACACACUUUUCUGCAGGCAAUACAAUUACAGGCUGUGAGAUAUUUCAUCUUAGGUGUCAGGUGACCAUGCAUUUGUGGACUUCUUCGUUAGAACUAGUUUGUAAAUGCACUGUAUACUUGUUCACCGCCAUCAUCGUCAUCACAAUCACCACCACCAACACCACCACCACAAUCGCCACCACCACAACCGUCACCACCACCACUCACAUCACCUCCACCACCAACACUCGCCAUCAUCACCACCACCACAAUCGCCACCACCGUCACCACCACCACUCAUCACCGCCACCAUCACUGCCACCGCCACCAUUAACACAACCGCCACCAUUAACACAACCGCCACCAUCACCACCACUUUCACCACCACCCCUCUAAUCACCGCCACCACCACAUUCGCCAACACUACCGUCACCUCCACCACCGUCACCAUCACUACCACUACCAUCACCACCAAUACCAUCGCCACCGCCACCACCACCGCCGUCACUACCCUACCAUCACCAUCAUCACCAUCACCACAGUCUUUAACAAUUCCACUGCUAGACUAAGGCCGCCCCGUAGGAAUGCCACAAAGCAAGGCCCUGAGCCUCAUGUAUCUAUGGAAUAAAGCAAACUUUACGGAUUUUCCCGACGUUCCCAUCCACUUCCCGCUUUUCUUACCAGCACAUCGUCACGCCAUCUAGUGAGGACUGCAUUUCGAGCUGUGAGCUAAUAUUAUAAAAUAGUCUCUUUAUAGUGAUUUUACAAUUAGGUAGUUUAGUUUUAAAGUCAAGUAAAGUACAACGCGCUGCACCAUUGCAUAUUGGCGCACUUCACAUGUCCUCAAAAUAUUUUGUUCCUCAGAUGUACCGUUUUCUCCACAGUGAUUUCCUUCACUGCCUAGCAUGUUAUAAUUCAACUCAUAAAACUGCAACUAACAAUUCCAUUGGGGUCGGCGGGGAUCGAACCCGCACCCGGGUGCAUGCUAGCUACCACGGCCCAGUGAGUAUUUUACAGUAAGCCAAUGAAGUUUUUUUUGUUAAAACCAGAGAGCUCUAGCUGGAGUAUUGGUAUGGCAAGCUCGAGCCCUUGCAGCUCUAGAACGACGAGAGGCAGCAGCCGAAGCACUUACGACAGCCUUACGAGCCGAUAGUGCUUGCUAUGAAGCACUGGAUUUGCUGCUGGAGCAGCAUGCACUCACACCAAGACAAGGUAAAGCUUUAAAUUUGUUAGUUUAGAAUUUAUUAGCGCAAGUAUGUUGGAUAUAUCAACAUUUAUCAUCAUUAUAGCCUUUCACACGUCCAUUACUGAACAUAUACCUUCCCCAAGUAAUGCAAUAAAGCAUGUUUUUUAUGUGGUUGGCUCAACCGGGGUAGGACCACGCUCUCACAGAAUACCAACGUAAAAUAGCAGCUUAAUGCUGUUGUGUUUCGUAUGGUUGGUUGUGGAGAACCGGAGACACUUUUUACUGGAAACAAGGCAUUCUAUCUCAGUCCUCAGGGGUGACAACGCAUCUGCAUUUUGAUUCUUAAUUGAGGAUAAAUGUAGAUGUCUAUGGGCCACAGCAUCCACUUACCAUCAAGUGGAUUGUGUGCACAUUUGUCACGCUAAUUCUAUAAAAAAAGUCGUCUGUUCACCUAAUGCAGAGUCGUCAUAAAUACACAGGUAUAUUAUGUUAAAUUAGCUGGUACCCAACGCUUUGCUGCCGCAUAAGAAAUAAUUGUGAAAAUAUCGUUUUAAAGAACAUCGGCCAAAUACGACCUGACCAAAAUAUGAAACGACCACCAAUAAUAGUGACUUAGGUGUAUAUUAAAUAACGUGGUCCAACUUAUUUUAUUGAAGCCGGUAAAAUAUUUUAGUUUUGUAAUGAAAAACCUCAUGUCCUUACUACUUUUUAUAGGUUUUGAACGCAUCUAAACCCGUUCCGUUUUAUCUGUGGUACAUGUUUCAUCAUAACACUAAAGUAACACUACCAUUAUGCGUUUACUUUUUUUAAACAUUGUUUUAUUGUAGAUUUUUUAUUUAUUUUUGUAGUGUAUUAUCAAUAAUAUCAUUUUUAGAUGGGGAUAUUCCGAAAUAAGUUGCAAACGAUAGGUUGACAGUAAAUAUAGAACACACUAAUACUUAGAACGGAACGUAUUAUGAGUCUCUAUGCAGUCUGUGGUAUUGUGACACGAGAGCUGUCAAAGCAUGAACAAAAAGUCAAAGCAAAGAAAAUAUUAGAAAGAUUAUUGAUUGAUUUUUGUGGUUUUAGCCAUUGGCUUGACUUAUUUAGUUAAGUAUAUAUAGUUUUCAUAUCAAUUGUUUUAGCUGAAGUUGUAGUCUGGCUGCAGUCAUGGCUACAUCAUAACCUCAAAAGUGACGAAAUAUAUAAGUGUAACGUUCUAUGAUCCCUGGCUUUUAAAUAACAUACUCGUAUUUUCAAUUUAGGAUUUAGAUUGGGCCCAGGGGGAACGGAUUAAUCCAUACACUAGUCAUGUUCGCGAUAUUUUAUAGCCAGGUCACAGCAUGUAUGGGCCGUGACCGAUGUUCUUUGUAACAGUUAUAUUAUUUAACAUUAGGAAUAAUAAUGCAUUCAUUGAAGUGGAAUGAUAUAUGACUUUGAAAUAAAUUUGUCGAUAUUAAUUGAACGAUAUGCGCGCCACCUACUGUAAUUUAAUUGUACUAUGCCUAUAAACUUCGCGGACGUGCAAGCAAUACGUUGACAAAGUUUAACCGCAAUCUGAUGGUAUGCAAUUAUGUUAGCGCAUAAAAUAUGAACAAACAAACAUUAAUUUAUACUGUGUCUAACGUGCCGUAACUGUGACACAGCAUAUUAAGGUCCACAGGUGAACACAGGCCGCCCCGAUAGAUUGCCUCAUACGGGGGAUAUUUGCCAUAGUUGCCACGCUUGGCGAGCGGGUCCAUCUCCUGAUCUGUUUUCCUCAGUCGCCUCUUACGACACCCACGGGAUGAUAUGGGGUAGUGGGUAUUCUUACACCGCCAUUAUACGGUACUCGACUAUUCUGGGGAAUUGCGACCAUCAUAUAAUAUGAUAUUGUUCAGGUUCCUUAAAACUGCUGUAGUUACGUGAAUGCUUUAGUUUUUUCUCAAAAUCUAUUCAUAUGUGAGAAGCAACAGUUAGCCUAAUAGCAGGGUGCGGACCGUAUACUCAAAAGGUCGUGGGUUCGAUUUCGACUAUUGUUGUGAAUCAUUAACACAAGCAUUUUAAGAUUACCAGGUAUGGUUAAAGGGAAUAUUAGUAAUGUGAUGGUUAUUAGUUUGAUUGUAGUUACUAAUGCUUUUAGCAUUGCUAGUUUCAUAUUGAAGUGAAAACAUCUUUAGAAUCGUUGUGAUUUGAAACUCG